UCCCCCAUCCCAACUUAAAACUCCACAGAACACUGGAUUCGCGUCACCCGUGCGCCCAAGAUCUGCGUCCACCAUGGCCUCUUCCUCUUCCCGCUUCUCUGUCCAGAACCGCAUCGCCCUCCAAGCCGCCCGCGACGGUGACCUCCGCGUCCUCAAGGAAAUGGCGGAGCAGACGGACUUGCGGGGAGCCAAGGACGUGGAAGGGGCUAACGCGCUGCAUCUGGCUGCACAAAAGGGUUGCCUGAAGUGCUGCAAGUUCUUGAUAGAGGAAGUAGGUCUUGGUGUCAACUCAGCGACCACCACCGGCAAUACACCUUUUUGUUCUGCUGUAUACGCCGGGCACGUCCAGGUUAUGAAGUACCUUCUCGAUAGUGGCGCUGACCCUAGAAAGGCGACCGCUCAAGGCAUGACGAUGCUGCACCUUGCAGCCGGGAGAGGGCUAUGUGAGCCUUUAGAGCUGUUGCUGUGCCAUGGAACGAUUCCGGUGGACAUUAUGCUCGGGGCUUAUGUCGGGGCGCCAUUGCACGCCGCUGCCACGAGGGGCCAGCAUCAGGCUAUGAAGAUUCUGCUGGAGCAUGGUGCUGAUCCCAACAUACAUAUGGAUGAUAACGUAUCACCACUCAUGCUGGCAUGCUGGGAGAAGUCCCUCAAAUGCAUGAGGCUACUGAUUGAGGCUGGUGCUGAUGUCAAUGGUAACUCCUACUGCGGACCGACUCCUCUAACAUAUGCAGUGGAGGCUGGCUGCACAGAUAUUGUCAAGUUCUUGCUUGAGGCUGGGGCAGACCCUAAUAUUCCUGCCGAGGGUGGGGAUAUUCCGAUCAAGUUAGCAGCAGUUUGUGGUCGACGUGACCUUGUCAAAAUUCUGUUUUGCAAGACAAAACAAGUUCCAUCUCUGCCAGUUUGGACUGUUGAUGGGAUAAUGAGAACCAUGGGAUCUCCACUUAUCAGGCAUCAGGAAGUAUUGGUCAAGGAUUUCUCCAAGAUAAGGAAGUUUAUAUUGAGAAGGAAUUGGGGUAUGUUUGAAAAGCUAACAUAAAAUAGCCUUGGAGUAUGUACCAGUGUAUUUUAUUGGAAUCUGGUUAGAUUUAAUAAGUAGUCUCCAAUUCAUGUAGAUGCAUAGUAGUAUCAAGGAUCAACAUCAAAUGUUCCGUGCUAUGUAAUUGUAGUCUAAAGUGAGAUGCUGUACAAUGGGGCAGCUCACAUUAUUUUCCAUUUCAUUGUUCUUUUCUAAGCUACCUCUGGAUUUUCAUUUGCUAUAUCUGAGUACUGAUAUGUUGUAGUUGUAACCUAAUUUUUCGUGUUCAUUGUCUAUGGCAUUUGUUUAGCAGGUCC